AAUAAGUGAUCCGAACAUAAAAAAUAAAAAAAAUCCCCUUAAUUAUUUUACCUUUUUUUUGGAAGAAUAAAAAGGAGGAUCGCCCAUUUUAGUGUGUUUUUGGGAGGUUUUCUGAGCCAACCUCUCUCUCUCUCCUCUUCUUUGCCAAGCAAAUUUUCAGGGUGUUGCUGGAUCUUUGAGAAUUUUUGUAUAGACCCAGAAAAUUGAAGUGAUGGUUUAGGGUUUAUUCUUAUGAUACUGUUGAGUUGAGAUCCUUUUGGUUCUAUUAAUUCUGGGUUUAUUCUGAGAAUUUGUGGGUUUUGAUUGUUUUCAUGGUGUGAUUCUGCUGCUGUCCAAGUUAUUCUGAUAAUCUCAAGUGGAAGUUGUGCUGAAGAUUUGCAUCAUUUUAUAUGAUUACUUCAAUCUAAGGGAUCUUUAAUUGGGAUGAAUUAGUUCUUAGCAUCUGUUUUUGAUCUUGGUUGUUUGGUGUUUUGGCUAGUUUUCGCCGUGGCGGUCGCAAUAGUGUGUUUAAGUUAAAGUGGAAGGAGAAGUUGAGAAAAUUGAGUUUCUUUUAACAAAGUAUUGGUAUUAACAAUUUGGGUACUUUUUGUUAUUGUUGAGUGGUUUGUUUUAGUUUUGAAAUGUUAUGUUCUGUUUGAUUGUUAACUACUGACUGGUAGAAGAGGUUGGCUUUACCUGGGAAAGAUGGAAAAUGACGUGGGAAGGGAACGGUUGAGGUUAAAGGUUGAAAAUAAAGAUGAAGAACAGAUACCUUGUGAGAUGGAAAUUGAUUACAGUGGUACUGGGAGUCCCAAGUUUGAAAUUGAAAGCAAAUUCACGGAGCUAGGCGAGGGAAGUAAUGUCGUGUUUGCGAGAGAAGGACCGUUAUAUAUUGAGGACUCGGGGAUAUCCAAGGUUGGGUGUUGUGGUGCUAAGAAGCAGAAACUGAAGGUGGUGACAAUGAGUUCUCAGGUGGGGAAGAAAGGAAAUGCGGGAAAUGAGAAGAAACUGAGUAGACAAGAUAGGAUGGAGCUGGGAAAAGUGUUUCAAAGUGCUGUGAGCUCUCAUGAUUGGGACCUGGCUGAAGGUUGGAUACUGACUGCUGAUUUACUAACUCUUAAUGAUUUCCUUUGCAUCUCAUUGGAUUCAAUCUGGUUCCUUACUACACAUGAGGAGUUACAUGGAAUAUCAGGACUAAUAAAGAAGAUAAUAGCUAGCGGAGCCUAUGAUUUUACUAGAGCAGCUCUUCGGACUUCAUUUCUUGCAUCUUGUGUCUCUGCGUGUCAGAGUCGAACAAUGGACCUAGCAGAUACAGUGACUGUGAUGGCACAAAGGUUGCACGAGCGACUUCAGGAGUGCAAUGGCGAUGAUGUCUUGAAGGCGGAGGCCGGUGCUAAGGUCCAAAAGUUCACUGAAUGGGCUUUGAAAUGUAUUGGUUUUCAUUCUCGAUGUCAUGAUAGUAAGGAGAAAAAGCAUCGUGACUCUGCUGCUGAGAUCCAGCUUCAGUUGUCUGCCUUCAAGACAUUUCUUGAUCUUGCUGGGAACAAUCUUACUGGGAAGGACUUUACUGAGGCCUUCGAUGCUGCGUGCUUCCCUCUUACUCUUUUUAGUAGUUCAUUUGAUCCUGGAUGGUCUUGUGGAGCAUCAGCUACUGCUAUCCAAGGGCUCCUUGGUAUGCUAGUUGAGGGUGGUGCUGACAAUGUAAACCAGUGUUUUCUUGAAGCCUCACGUUUUGGCAGCACUGAGUUGGUGCGCAUUUUGUUGCAGAUUGCCCAGCGUAACAGUUUGGAUGUGGAUGUCGACCUGGCCUUGGGUUUCGCUUCUCACUAUGGCAAGAUCAACACAAUGGAGUGUUUAGUGGAAGAAGGUAACGCGAUGGCGUUUCUGGGACCUCUAAUGAGAGCAGCUGAGAGAGGGUGUUUGCCCGUUGUCCAGUGGUUUGUGGAAAGAGGUUGCCAAGACAUGGAAUUAUGUCUUGCCUUGACUGCUGCCACGUCAAGUAGCCAAGUUGAGGUUGCUGCUUACCUGCUGCCCCAAGUACCGCAUCAUGUCCUUACUGCCCUCAGCAUCGAAAUCCUGAAGGCUGCCGGAGAGAGAAGUGGUGGGUCCCUGGAGGGAGUUGCUUUUCUUCUCCGCUCAGACUUCUUAGGGGACCCAGUUGGCACGUAUGCUGUUGCAGAUAGCAUUGCUCGGUCAGAUGACAAUUCAGUUGCUUCUGAGCUUCGUGCGUUUCUCCAGGAACAUUGGUCAGAGGAUGCUUUCACAGAGGGGUUGUUACAAGGCCAAGAACAUUUUGUUAACAUGUUUAGGAUUUUAAAUAGAGGAGAAUCUCCUCUUUGUCUUAGGGAUCUCCCUUCACCCUUGAGGGUGGCGAUCGCCUACUUGCCAGUGUAUAGAGAGUGUAUGAAGGCAGGUGGGUGUUUGCUGUCUCAGAAGCUGAGAGGUCAACUAGUUGAAGCCGUAAGAAGGCUCGGAGGUGGGGUUCUUGGAGAUUCAAGCCAAUGCCAAGAGCUUUUGGCGGUUUUAGAGCACCAUCUUCGACCAUUUUUGCCCGGCUUGUAUUCAACAACUUGAGCAUAAACGCAAUCAGCAACCAAAAAUUUGCGGAUUUUGGGUUGUUGCCUUUUUCUUUCCUCCUCCUCCUCCCCCCCCUUUUAACUUCAUACCAUAGGAAAAUAAUCACAGUUUAGCAAGGUUUUGAGGCUGUUGCUGCUGACCCUCAUUAGCUUUUCUUGGUCUGUCAGCUGAUAAAAAUGAUAAUGGUUGGUGCAUGUUGCAUGUGCAUGCUGAGAUGUACAAUGUAAGAUAGAAGAAAUCCCACAUGUAGAGACUAGAGAGAGUUAGGACGGCUGCAAGUUGAGGGGGGUCGUGCCAUGACUCUUUUAUGUAUAUUUAGCUUAUAAUGAGGGUCCGCUCCAUCUUAUGCUGCAUCUCUCUGUCUCUCUCUCUGUCUCUCUUCAACUUGCUUAUAAGGCCAGGUGUGAGGUGCCUGAAGUUGUCACCUUGCUUUUUUCUUUUUUUAAAUGAGCUUCAAAAGUGCUCUUUUCUAGUAGAGUAUUAUUGAACUUGCA